AUGAAUCCUCCAACACCAACACCAUCAGCGGUUCCUACAACACCACCACCGGUUCCUAUGGCGAUGUUGGAGCAGAUCACGCUGACGUCCAGAAUCCCGGACUUCUGGCCUGACAUGCCACGGGCAUGGUUCCGGAGAAUGGAAGCCACGAUAAAUCAGCAGAAGUUGUCAGAUUUAUCGAAGUAUGAUCUUGUCAUAACCAAGUUGGACAAGGUGGUCAUAGCUCAGGUGUCAGAUAUUUUGGACCACCCUCCGGACACUGAUAAAUAUAAAGCUCUGAAAGAGCGAUUAUUAACUAUGUUCGAAGAGUCUGCCAGUAGACAGGUGCAAAAGUUAAUUGGAGAAAUGGAGCUGGGAGACCAGCGUGCAUCCCAGCUGCUAAGGCGGAUGCGUGAGCUAGCCAGAGAUAAAGUGCCAGAUGACACGCUUAAACUGUUGUGGCAGCCACACCUACCAGCGUCGGUUCGAGCAAUAUUGGCGGUGACUCCUUCAAAGGACCUGGAUGCGUUAGCGACGGUGGCGGAUAAAGUGAUGGAGAGUACGGGACUGGCGCACAUUGCGGAAAUUAAAUCGACGACGCCGCCCGAGACAUCGACCGCCGGACAGGGCGACGUGAACCAGAUUUUGGGUGAAUUAGCCAAGAUCAGCGUUAGGCUGGAAAAGUUGGAACGUGGUUGA